ACAAACAGAAUUUUAGAAUCUAGCAAAUAUACGGAACAUUAGGGAAAAUCUGCACAGACCCCUUCUAAUAUGUCUAAUUUUGCACUUGAUUCUUCUUGUUUUCAUCAGAAGCUUAACUGUAUCUUCCUUCCACUUACCCAAGCACCAUUUUUAGCCUUCAAUAAAAAUCAUCCCUGUUCAGAAGGCAAAAGCAGCUUUUCCCUGAGGAACACCCUAAGCCUACUUUGCAGAGCAGCAAUACUUGACAAUGCUCUUCUAUUUUAUCAGGUGGGAUCUCAUAGAGAACACUCAGCAGUGAUGAAAUCACCAGCAAUGAAGACUUACAGCUUGAGGAUUUGGUACAUGCUUGUGUUGCUAACACAUCUGAACGCAGCUGCGGAAUUCCGCUGGACACAGAAUAAUCCAGGCUCCUUCUAUUAUGGCACUUUUCCAGAGGGUUUUUUAUGGGGUGUUGGAAGCUCUGCAUACCAGACUGAAGGGGCCUGGGACAAGGAUGGGAAAGGACCAAGUAUCUGGGAUGCUUUUACUCACAAGAAAGGGACAGUGCUUAGAAAUGAAACAGGGGAUUCAGCAUGUGAUGGCUACUACAAAGUUAAGGAUGACAUUCAGUUACUGAAGGAGCUAAAAGUUAAUCACUAUUUAUUCUCCAUCUCAUGGCCUCGGAUUAUGCCCACUGGCAUCAAGGAGAAACUGAAUGAGAAGGGAAUACAGUUCUACAAUGAUACAAUUAAUAGCCUUCUGGAAAACAAUAUUAUCCCUAUUGUGAGCCUCUACCACUGGGAUCUUCCACAGGUUCUCCAAGAAAAGUAUGGUGGCUGGCAAAACAGAAGCAUGAUAAAUUAUUUUCAUGAUUAUGCAAAUCUAUGUUUUGAGAAGUUUGGUGAUCGUGUGAAACACUGGAUUACUUUCAGUAAUCCUUGGGCAGUUGCUGAGAAGGGUUAUGAAAGAGGAGAACACGCACCAGGACUGAAGCUCGGUGGAUGUGGAGCAUACAAAGCAGCACACCAUAUAAUCAAAAGUCACGCAAAGGUGUGGCACUCUUACAAUAACACGUGGCGCAGCGAGCAGCAAGGUAUGGUUGGAAUCUCCCUAACUAGUGACUGGGGUGAACCUAUUGAUCCACACGACCCAACAGACAGAGAUGCUGCUGAAAGAUACAUUCAGUUCCAUCUGGGCUGGUUUGCAAAUCCAAUUUACAGAGGAGACUAUCCUGAAAUUUUGAAGAAUUAUGUAGGUAGGAAGAGCAGCCAGCACGGCCUGGGGACAUCAAGAUUACCAACCUUCUCAGCACAAGAGAAAAACUAUAUUAAAGGCACAUCAGAUUUCCUGGGAAUAGGUCAUUUUACCACCCGUUACGUUAUACAGAAGAGCUCUCCCCUCCUCCAAGUGCCCAGCUAUGACACUGACAGUGAUUUGGCCCAACUGGUGGACCCAAAAUGGCCAGCUCCAGGACCCAAAUGGUUAUAUUCUGUGCCCUGGGGAUUCAGAAGACUACUCAACUUCAUUAAGACACAGUAUGGGAACCCUCUCAUUUAUGUGACAGAGAAUGGAGUUUCUGAAAAGGUACAGUGCACUCAGCUGUGUGAUGAAUGGCGGAUAGAGUAUCUGAAAGGAUAUAUUAAUGAAAUGCUGAAAGCUCUAAACGAUGGAGUUAACGUCAAGGGUUAUACUGCCUGGUCACUGCUGGAUCAAUUUGAAUGGAACAAAGGCUUCUCGGAAAGAUUCGGAUUCUAUCACAUUGAUUUUAAAAACAAGAACAAAGCACGAUACCCAAAGGCAUCUGUUUACUACUAUAAAAAGAUUAUCAAUGCCAAUGGAUUCCCAAAUCCACGAGAGGUGGAAAACUGGCAUCACAAGGCCAUGGACACCUGCUCUACCACACACCAGCUCCUUGAGACAGAUUCCCUGAUUACCCACAUGGAAACAGUGACAGAGAUUGUCCUUCCUACAUUAUUCACACUCUGCAUUCUCAUCAGUGUUGUCCUGCUAAUACUCUACCUCCGAAAUCACAGUUAA